UCUAUAUUCUGAAGAAACAACUAUAUGUACUUAUAUAUAUAUAUAUAUGGCUUCUUGCCUACCAUAUUCUUUCUGUGUUUCAUCAAUAAAACCACCUCUGAAGCGCUAUAUUCAUCAAGGCGUGCAAUUAGUAAGAGCUCAGAGCUUCAGUGAUGAAGGAAGAUCAAGUAAUAUUGUAGAUGCAAAUUUGAGUGUUCUUAGAGAGAAAAUACAAGUGGUUAAGAUGAAGGAGAGGCUCCAGAGGCGUUGUUGUAAAGGCGAAACUGGAUGGAAUUAUGUAUCUGGGUAUGAUUAUAAACACAAAAGAGAUAGAGAGAUUUCACACUUGUUUGAGCUUCUACGUGUGGUUUGUACCACUCUUGGUUUCACCUCUCUUGCUUGUACUCUCUGUCUUUGCCUUGUAUCCUUCUUUCUUCAUUCCAUUCAAUUAUGAUCGAUCAGUUCUA